CCACCAGACGCCAUCCAGUCGCCGUGCCGUUCAGAUCUAUAAAACUUACAGCGGUUACUUUGUGCUCGCAUCAACAACCCCAUCCAGUGUUUCAGAAUGGUUUCGAAAGUGGGUCAUGUCUUGGCUUUGGCCAUCCUGGCCGCCCUUGCCUGCACGGGCUAUGCCAUCAAGUGCUAUCAGUGCGAAUCUGUGACAUCUCCCAAGUGUGGUGAGAAGUUCGAGGCGGAUGCCAAUCUGCUCUUGGACUGUUCGCGCAUUGCCCCGCCCCGUUUCCUGCAGAUUGGCCCCUUCAAUCGCAACGCCACCGGCUGCAUGAAGAAGUCCAUUGAAGGCGUGCCCGGCCAUCCGCAGAUCGUGCGCAGCUGCUAUUUUGGUGACGUCAGCAAUACACAGACCGGCUGCCAGGCAGAUCCCUCCCUGCCCUUCGUCAAGCAGCUGAGCUGCGAUGUCUGCACCAAGGACGAGUGCAACGGCUCCUCCUCCAUCACCCCCAUUGCUGGAGCGAUUCUGUUGUUCUUCAGCGUGGCUCGCCUCUUGGCCUAAAUUGUUACUGGAGUCCUCAACUGCAGUUCGUAAUUUAAAAUCAUAAACAUUU